AUGCGAGGAAAUUCGGAUGGUCCUGUUGCUGUAGCAAACUCUACAAGCGCUGAAUUGUCGAAUUUGUCAUCAAGAGGUGCUGGUGCUAAGGAUACGCACAGUUAUGUGGGAUUCGCAAAUUUUCCAAAUCAGGUUUUCCGACGUGCUGUCAAAAACGGUUUUGAGUUCACGCUCAUGGUUGUUGGACAAUCCGGUUUGGGCAAGUCGACAUUCAUAAACUCGCUAUUCUCGACCGAAGUUAACAAUCCUGCACCUCAUCCGGAGAAAACGCUUGCGCCAACGACUCAAAUCGAAGAGAAAACCGUCCGGCUGAUAGAGAACGGUGUGGCGUUGAACCUGACUCUGGUGGAUUGUCCAGGAUUUGGCGAUGCUAUUGACAAUAAUAAAUGUUGGGAGCCAGUUGUGGAUUUUGUGGAGCGAAAAUACUUGGAGUAUUUCUCAGAGGAGACGAAAAUCGAACGAUGUGCAAUCAUUCCAGACAAACGUGUUCACUUGUGUCUCUAUUUCAUAGCACCUACUGGACACGGAUUGAAGCAAUUGGAUAUUGAAUUCAUGAAACGUUUACAUGAACGUGUAAACGUGAUUCCAGUUAUUGCGAAGGCUGAUACGAUGACUGCUGAUGAGUUGAUUAGAUUCAAGGCACAGGUUCGGCAAUCAUGA